UAUGACCCGUGCCCAUUUUUCCAUGAAGAUUAUACUUUAACAACAUCCCAUAUUUCCAUGGAAUAGAGGGAAAAAAAAAGAACUUCCGAGCUCUCGCCGAACACUCUCUCAAGUCUCACACUUCUUGCUCUGUCUCUGCUUUCUUCAAUUCGAAGCUAAUUAAUCAAAUUUAAUUAUUCUGAUUAUAUAGUACUUGAAAUUUGAUGGAGGGUGGGAAUUGAAUUGACAAUUCAGGAAAUGGGCGAUUGUGGGAUGGAAGAUUACAAAAAUCGUGUCGACGUGGUGUUGUCACAUGUCAAUAGGAUAGAGCAAAAAGUUCAUGAGAUUGAGCAAUUCUACUUUAACAGCAGUAAAAAGCAAGCAAACAGCUCGAAAGGUGGCUUGGCUUCCAGAGACAAAGACAAGGAUAAAGAGAGACAUGUUGCUCUCACUAAAAAGCAGCAGCAGGAUGCAACAAGCAAGGAAACAGAUGCCACAAAGAGAAUGCAGGAGCUGAUAUGUCAUUUUGGCAAAAUAUUACAUGAGAUCACUAAACACCCGUGUGCAUGGCCUUUUAUGGAGCCUGUAGAUGUUAAAGGCCUUGGUUUGGAUGAUUACUAUGAGAUUAUUGAAAAACCUAUGGAUUUCAGUACGAUAAAGAAACAAAUGGAAGUUAAGGACGGUAGUGGCUAUAAACAUGUACGGGAGAUAUGUGCAGAUGUGAGGUUGGUUUUCAAGAAUGCAAUGAAAUAUAAUGGUGAAAAGAAUGAAUACCAUGUCAUGGCAAAAACCUUGCUGGCAAAGUUUAAAGAAAAGUGGCUACAAUUUUUGCCUAAAGUUGCAGAAGAGGAAAAAAGGCGAGAAGAAGAGGAAGCUCAUGUACAGCUUAGUCUGCAGCUAGCUCGAGAGGCUACUUAUGCCAAAAUGGCAAGGGAUGUCAGCAAUGAGCUUUUCGAGGCAGACAUUCACCUUGAUGAUCUUAGGGAACAGCUGGUUCUAAAGUGCAGGAAAAUGUCAACCGAAGAAAAAAGGCUGCUUGGCACAGCCCUCACAAGGCUAUCCACUGAUGAUCUCAGUAGAGCUCUAGAGAUUGUUUCCCAGAGCAAUCCUGGGUUUUUAGCAAAUGCUGAGGAGGUGGACCUUGAUAUUGAUGCUCAGAGUGAAUCCACACUAUGGAGGCUAAAAUUCUUUGUAAGAGAUGCACUGCAAUCUCAAGACAGCUUGGGUGGCAACAACAAUAACGACAACAAUGAAAACAAUAACAAUAAUGUCAAUAGUAUUAAUAAUAACAAUUCAAAACGAAGAAGGGAGACCUGUGAUGCCCUUGCCAAGACUGCCAAAAAGCGUAAAAAGGUAGCAUCGUGAUUGUUAGAAUAAUGUCCAAUAGAUGAACUAUGGUCUAUUUGAUCUGCAGCUGUAUAGUAAUAUCUUGAAGGAAAUAUGAUAACUGUUUUUUUUUUUUUUUUUUUUUUUAAAUAUUUUAAAAUAAUUAUUAUUCCGUCUUUGAUGCUGUAUGUAGGCUGUUUGGAUGUAGGAUGUAGUCUAAACUUGGGAAUAUUUUUUAGAAGAGCAGGGAAUGAUUGGAUAAGAAUCUUUAUUAAGUGCCUUACGAGGCCAUAAGUGACCCGAACUACAGAAGGUUCACACUUUAGAAUGGUAUCAACAGCCCUUACAUGUCUAGAACAAGCGUUGGGUUGUUAUCGAUUAGAACUCGAGUGUUUGGAGCCUAUCCCGAACUAUAUACUUGGUAUCUUAUAUCCUUUGACUGGCUAAUAUCACUAUCACUGGGAGAUUUUUCAAGGGAUUAAUUAUUGAACUUCAUAAUUCAAAAUUUUCAAUGUAAGGAAAUUACGUCUCCUUUCUCCAAAGGGGAAGAAGGUGAGCGAAGAGUUGAAUCUGUGAAACCACCAAGGGACUAUGGCUAUAGGAGGCAGUGGGAACUCAGCAAUCCAUCCGCGCGCCAUCCCAACAUCUUUGUGAGUUGUGACAACACCAUUAUUAUCUUAUAACAAUAAACCUUUUCGACAAACUCAGUAGUUAGACAUCAGUGUGUAGAUAAGUAUAGUCCAUGAUAUUAUCUGCAGUCUUAGUUACAUUUAUAUACAAUUAUGUUUCCUACAUGUAUUUUGAAUUUGGCUGCUCGAAUAUAAAAUUACACAG